GUGACCCAUCAUCUUCUCUCAAAUCAAGUAUCAUCCCCUCCUUAUAAUUCUCAUUCCAAAUCCAACCCCCACGUCUUAAAACCGACGGGAACGUGCGUUUCUUUUUCUCUCUCAAUCUGUUAAAAAGAAAGAAAAAUAAAUUAGGACCAGAAAUAACUUGAUGGAUCUGGUGCUCCGCUGGCGGUGAUGAUAAAGGAGAGAAUCAUGAAGAAGAGGAGAUCUCUUCACUCUUCUUCUUCUUCUUUCUUUGUUAUUCUCUGCUGUGCUCUCUUCUUCACUGUUGGUUUCUCGACGUUUCGCCUUUUUGGAGUGUCCUUCAGGCCGGUCCUGGUGUCCACGUGGCAAACCCCUGCCAUGAAUGCCCUCUCAUCAGAGCAGCCGUUGCCUCUUCAAAGCCCCCCAAAUCCCCCUUCUCUCAAAAUCCAAGAAGCAGUCUCAUUUCCUGAUUUGAUACUCCUCUUCAUUAAACCCCCAUUAGAAACCCUCAGCUCAGACCUCCAAUGCCUCUAUUACAAUUCCAAUUCAUCUCACAACCCCAAUCUCAAACUGCCCCCAAUCUCCUCUUCUACACUUAACCUCUUCAUCCGAUGCCCUCUCGCUCCAUUUGGCUCCUCAGUGUCUUUCUCGCUCUCGCCUUCGGUAUCCUUACCUCCUGUUGUGCCUCUCAGUUGGGAUCGUUUGGCUUACUCUGCAGUCAUAGAUCAUCGAGAUAACACCACUGUUGUCUUCGCUAAAGGGUUCAAUCUCCGGUCUGCUCGCUUAUCUGAUACUAAUCGAUAUGAAUGUGUGUUUGGUUGGCGUUUUGACAAUCCUAAGUAUGCACUCACUACUCCGGUGGUUUCUGCUGCUCAAGAGAUUUUUCGUUGCAAAACUCCUCUCAGUGUUCUCAGACCAUCCAAUGUAAAUCCCCCUUUGGUUUCGAUUAAAACUAGAGGUCGUGGCUCAAUCACGCUACCUACUGUGGCUCACCCAUUAACAAUAUCCAACCCUAAGAGAAAAAAGAAGCAUAAUAUGUGCAUUUGCACAAUGGUCCGUAACCAAGCUCGAUUCUUGCAAGAAUGGAUUGCAUACCACGCUCGGAUUGGGGUUGAGCGAUGGUUCAUCUAUGAUAACAACAGCGAUGAUGGCAUUGAGCAAGUUGUCAGCUCGAUGAGUUCAGUGAGCCUCCAUGAAUGGCCAUGGGUGAAGACUCAAGAGGCAGGAUUCGCACACUGUGCACUCCGUGCACGUGAUUCUUGUGAAUGGGUUGGAUUCAUUGAUGUCGAUGAGUUCUUGUACCUUCCAAGCAAUGUAACAUUGCCUGAUUUGUUGGCAAACUACUCAAAUAAGCCAUGGAUUGGCGAAAUUAGAACCCCUUGUCAUAGUUUUGGUCCUUCUGGACUAAAGAAAAUACCAUCGGAUGGUGUAACAGUAGGGUACACUUGCCGUGUGGCUGCACCAGAAAGACACAAAUCAAUUGUUAGGCCCGAGGCAUUGAAUCCAUCAUUGAUCAACAUUGUGCAUCACUUUCAUUUGAGAGAAGGGAUCAGGUAUUUGAAUAUGGAUAUUAGGGUUAUGGUUGUAAACCACUAUAAGUAUCAAGUGUGGGAGGUGUUCAAAGAGAAGUUCUACAGAAGGGUGGCUACUUAUGUUGCAGAUUGGCAAGAUGAGGAGAAUGUGGGAUCGAAGGAUCGAGCACCAGGAUUAGGGACGAAGGCUGUUGAGCCUCCUAAUUGGUCGACGAGAUUUUGUGAGGUUAAUGAUACUGGGCUUAGAGAUUGGGUGUUGCAGGUUUUUGCUGAUAGGAAUACUGGGCUACUUCCAUGGUAGUUCAGUGAGAGGAUUAUACUACAUUCAUCACAUUUUGGUAUACAGAAGAGUAGAAGAAUUUUUUUUGUUUUUCCCCCCCUCGUUGAUGUUGUUUUUAUCUCAGCUUUUGUAAUUAUAGAUAGAUAGGGAAAAACAAUUCUUUUUGUAGAUAGAUAGAUGAAUAUACAUUCACGCAUUGGAUAUUUGUAGUUCUCUUGUUAUAUUCUUUUACUUCUCCCAUCUGAAUCUUCAUAC